GGCGUGAUCGAACGCGGUCUGCAAAUAUCUCGGAGAGAAACGGACCGAAAGUAAGGAGAACGUAGAAGACAUGGAGAAGAAGAAGAAGACGAGCUCUUACGGCGACACAGCCAAAGACAGAGUGAACAGGGUGGAUCCAUACGGCUUUGAGCGUCCAGAGGACUUUGACUACGAGUCCUAUGAAGAGCUGAUGUCCGAGUAUCUUGUUGUGCUCACUCAAAGGUCCAUCAAGUGGUCCAAACUACUGAAGAGCAAACGCAAGGUGCAGAGGAACGUGAAAUUGAAGCGUUACAUACGCAAGGGCAUACCCAAUGAGCACCGGGCUCUGAUUUGGAUGGCGGCGAGCGGAGCUCAAGAGCAGUUGGAGAAAAACCCAGGCUACUACCAGGCCCUGCUCAAAGCCCAACAUGACCCCAAACUGGUGGAGACCAUCUGCACAGACUUGAACAGAACAUUUCCUGACAACGUGCAGUUCCGAAAGACAUCCAACCCGUGUCUGCAGAAAUCUUUGUCCAAUGUGCUGCGGGCUUACGGUCACCACAAUGCUGCUGUGGGUUAUUGUCAGGGUAUGAAUUUUAUAGCUGGGUAUCUGCUCAUUAUAACAAAAGAUGAAGAGAAGUCUUUCUGGCUGAUGGAUGCGCUCCUUGGUAGGAUCUUACCAGACUACUACAGUCCAGCUAUGCUCGGCUUGAAGAUAGACCAGGAGGUGUUGGGGGAGUUGGUCCGAGUCAAGUCCCCCGGAGUCUGGAAGGCCAUGAUGGAUCACAACGUCAUGUGGACUCUUGUGGUGUCCCGAUGGUUCAUCUGCCUCUUCAUAGACAUUCUUCCUGUGGAGACGGUUCUACGGAUUUGGGAUUGCCUGUUCUACGAGGGCUCGAAAAUUCUUUUCCGCGUGGCACUGACGCUGAUUCAUCACUCCAGAGUUCAAAUUGAAGAAGCUCAGUCCUUGCCAGAUAUAUGCCAAAUCUUCAAGGAGAUCACGCGCGGAGCGUUUGUGGAGGAAUGCCACCCGUUCAUGCAGAAAAUCUUUACUGAACCUGGAAGUCUACCCAUUGCAACGUUGACCAAACUCAGAGCAGCGUGUCGAACGCAAAUUACGGCUGAGGAGGCAAAAUGAAUUUUGUUUGCUCGUGCACUUUUGAAAAUUUCACUGAAGGACCAAACGACUUGUUUCACCUUCACCUCCAUGUAUUGAUUUCGUCUUCAUCAUUUCACCGUUACGUAAAUGGAAUAGUACGUGAUAUUUAUUACUAUGUGAAUAUAACACUAUAUUUUUAUUAGUUUACACAUUAUCGUGAUUUGUUUCUUCUUUUUGAGAAUGUUACUCUGGAACCAGUUAACACAUGUCAAAAUCCAGGUUUCAUUUAUUUCUUUGUUUUGUACACUUUGAGCACGGUCAAGAGACGCAAUCAAUGUAUUUUGAGAAAAAUGUCAGCUUGUUGUGGUUUUGGUUGUCUAAACCAUCAAAACAAAAAUGAAUGAUAUCACAUCCUAGCCUCUGCCAGCCCUGAAAUGUUGAAACUGAUAAUCACCAGCUAAAGUCCCGUUACUAUCACGUCUGCCUGUUUUUUUCUUUUUCUUUCAUAAGUCCCCAAGAUACGCAAACAAUUUUUAGAUGCUGAAUUGUUCAUAGGUCGUUUUACAUUCAAUUGAAAUCUGCAAGGGUUCAUUUGACUUACAUUUCCCUUGAGGUCCACAAAGUUGGAAGUCCGGUGCUCUGAAUCUUUCCAAGUCCAAUGGGCUGGGCGAUGACUUUUCUUUUUUCCACAUCCAUUCCUGUGUAAACACUGUCGAAAUAAACAAUGAUAAACUGCAUUAUGAACAUUUUCACCUCCAGCUAAGUCACACUUCCAAAUAUACACCACAUUGUUUACAAACUCCAAAGGGGUCUCUUCAAAAGGAAUCACCACCCAAAUGUUUAUUCUGUUUUAGUUGUAUGCACAAUGCAAAAAAAA